UCUUCACCAAUAUCUCACCACGCUCUUCCUCUCUCUCUCCAAUAUCUCAAUAGGCCUUUUCAAAGAAGUUUUAUAAUCUCCUAUAUAUAUUCAUCAAAACAAAACAGUUUAACAAUAUAGAGAGACAACAUCAAAGAAACACAAAAAAGAUAAGUUCUUUCACAAGAAAGCAAUGAGAUUUUCAUGGAAAAACAUAUGUCUUCCAAUAAGCUGCAUCAACAACACAAACCAGAAGACUAAAACAAUAAGCCCAUCAAAGGAAAAACCUCUUCAGCUAUCCAGACAAACCUCUGUUCGAAGCAGAGUAUCCUUGUCUGAUUUCAGUAGUUCAAACAUCUCACUCAACGACUUCUCAAAUUCUUUUCUCAUAGACAUUCACAUCUUCACCUAUGAAGAGCUCAAAACGAUCACACAAGGCUUCUCUAAGCAUAACUACCUCGGUGAAGGAGGAUUUGGGGAAGUCUACAAAGGGUUUGUUCAUGAUGGCCUCAAGCCUGGUUUAAAAUCUCAACCUGUUGCUGUCAAGGCCUUGAAACAAGAAGGUGGACAAGGCCAUAGGGAGUGGCUGGCUGAAGUUAUAAUCCUUGGUCAGUUGAAGUAUCCACAUCUUGUGAACUUGAUUGGAUACUGCUGUGAGGAUGAUCACAGGCUUCUAGUUUAUGAAUACAUGGAACGAGGCAAUCUGGAAGACCAUCUAUUUCAGAAGUAUGGUGGAGCAUUGCCUUGGUUAACAAGAGUUAAGAUUCUGCUUGGUGCUGCAAAAGGCCUUGACUUCCUUCACAAGGAAGAGAAACCUGUCAUCUACAGAGAUUUUAAGCCUUCUAACAUCCUCUUGAGCUCGGAUUACAGCUCCAAGCUUUCAGAUUUCGGCUUAGCCACAGAUGGAUCAGAGGCAGAAGACUCAAACUUUACCAAAAGCGUGAUGGGAACAGAAGGCUAUGCUGCUCCAGAAUACAUCUCAGCAGGUCAUUUGACGACUAUGAGCGACGUGUUCAGUUUCGGUGUGGUGCUUCUGGAGAUGCUAACAGCUAGAAAGGCAGUGGAGAAGUACAGGUCACAGAGAGGGAGGAGGCUAGUGGAAUGGGCAAGACCUAUGUUAAAGGAUCCCAACAAGCUAGAACAGAUCAUAGACCCAAGUCUUGAAGGGAGAUACUCUUUUGAAGGCAUCAGAAAAGCAGCUGAGUUGGCUUAUCAGUGCCUGAGCCACAACCCUAAGUCACGACCCACUAUGACCACUGUGGUCAAGACACUGGAGCCAAUUCUUGACCUGAAAGACAUCCAAAACGGGCCAUUUGUGUACAUUGUUAAAGUCGCAGGUACAAAUGAAGUUCAUAACAUGGAUGAUGUCAAGGUCGUAAAGGAGGAAGCAAAGGUGGUUCCAAGACAUCAAGGAUGUCGAAAGAAGAGACGUAAACACAAGGCAAUGAGGUCUCGGGUCGUAUAUUCAGACACUACUCUGUACAAGAGCCUAGGAACCAGUUUAUACACCCAAGGGGAGUAAAUAAUCACAAAAGAUAAUUAUUUAGUUUUUUUAUAUAGGUAUAGUAAGUGAAAAUACAAUAGGAUUAGGAUUCCAUGAAAUUAUGUAGCUUAAAAUGUGAGCUACAUAAGAUAUUUAGCAGUCAGUUUUCAGUUUUGU